UUGGCGGGUUUGCGCCGUCGACUGGAAGGUACAGCAACAUGUUCACAAGGGGACUUAUAUUUCCGAUUGUAUUUGGUGGGACUUUGAUUUUAUUUGGCUUCGGAUUUUAUCAUAGGUAUAAGCUGAUCGUUAACCCCGCUGAAAAAGAGGAAAGAAGGAAGUACAAUAUUCAGCAGGCGUUGGAAUUUCGUCGUAAAGUUCAAGACAAAAUUGACGAAAAGAAGGUUAAUCCUUGAUCACUUAUGCAGCUUGUGGGAUCUUAAGGAUUUCAUGUAAUUUAAGAGCAGAUCCAAGCUAGCUUUUUAAUCGUCUUGACAUUGACUUCUUUGUUUACUGAAAGUGAAUUGACUCGUUGAUCGAUGAAAAUUUUUCAAGGAUAUUAUGGGCAAAACUUCAUUUAUAGAUGACGGGUGAAGUGAAAGGGACACAAUAUAAACGAUGCUUGUCGCGUAAGAAGCAAUCUAAAUCUACGAAAUUGUCCAAAAGUGAUCUCUGCUUAAAUGAAACUGCCAGAAAAUCUUACACAGCUCUCAGAUCGAGAAAAUCAGCUUCUUCAAGUCCAGAUGAAAGUUCUGAUCAUUCAGCACGUUUAUCAGUAGUAUAUACUAGAGACAUUGGCUGUGCUUGUGAUGAGUACCUCAAAGGCGAACCUUCUGCUGGGGUGUCAGGAGAUCACAGAAUUGAUGAGUUUAAUUUUUGUGAGAAUGAAGAUGAAAAUAAUGAUGAUGUGAAGUCAAAGGCUGUAGAUGAUUUAUACGGCAUUCGAUGCAAGAGGAUUGACUCUUUAGAACUUGGAUCAGCAUGCUCUGAGGAUGUGGUUAAGUUUAAAAGAACCCGCAAUGCUAUAAAAUUAAAACAACCUUCAUUAUGCUUAGAAAAAUGCAAAACUCCUAGAUCUGAGACUGUAAAUUCAAAGGAUGCUAAACCCACCAAUGAGGCUGACUGCAGAGAUAAUAUCAAAACUCUAUCAACGGAAGAUGGUUCAUUACUCCAGUCACACGAAUUUAAUGUCAUUGUGGGUAACAUACUUUUAAAAAAUGAUAACAAUAAACAGAAUCUCGAUAGAGAAGAUCAAGAUGAAAUGGAUACUGUAUCCAAGGAAGAAACUACUAAAUAUACGGAGCAUUCUGAUGAAAAGCAGAACUCUUCAAAUGACAGGGUUUGUCCAGUCUGCAGUUUCAGCUUCUUAUCAGUAGAAAAUUUGGAUACCAUUAACAAACAUAUAAACAGUUGUCUUGACAGCUGCUCUGAUAACAGAGUCAAGGAGCAAGGUUCACGAGAGGUGAUUUUUAAAGGCGUUGGAGAAGACUCAUAUUUCUGUCAGCUCUGCCAAAAGGAUUUAUCAAGAAUGAACUCACAAAGGCGUCAACAACACAUAAACCGGUGUUGUGAUCAGGCCAGUGAAAAGGAAAUGCCAUUGUCAAAUUCAGUUUUAGUUCAGGCACAAUGUCCUAUUUGUGGGAAAGGAUUCAAAACAGCAAAGACUCGUCAAACACAUCUCAAGAAAUGUGCGCAGCAGCACAAUGUAGAAACCCAUCAGUUGUUGGAGAUUGUACAUCGGGAGAAACAGCAGGAGGACGAGACUUCCAUAACUACAGCAUCUGAAGAAAAUGUGCGUCCUAUUAGAAAUCUUAUUGAAGUGAAAAGAAAGAGGAGAGGUGCUACACUUGAGCAUGACCUUGAUGAACAGACUCAGCUUGCUUUGGCUUUGUCAGCCUCCAUGGCCCCACCCCCACUCCCACAGGCACAUUUUAAAAAAGGUGUGAAGGGGAAAGGAAAGAAGAUUAAAGGUGGUAGUGAACUGCCAGCUUUGUUGCUAAGAGAUGAUGAGAGUGCUCAAAGAGCUGUCAUGAUGAGAGCAGCACAGGUUCUUUGCACAAGAGAAGAAAUUGAUGAAGAGGAUGAAAUUUCUUGCACUCCUGCUCUUGCUCCAAGUCGACUAGCUCAGAAAAUUCCAGACAAUCAAACUCUCCUUGGUAAAAAGACACUACAAGAACAUCCUACUGCUUUUGCAAGUACAUCAGAGGCAAUCAGUGUGACUGGAUUAGAUUGCAAUACAGUAGAGGGUAAUGAAAUGUGUGCAAACAGUGGAAAUAACAUUGUCCUGGUUGAGGAAUGUUUUUCCCUUGUUGAUCCUUCACUAAGCAGGUCAUUUCUAAAUGUUUUACACGGUGAUGAAAACAAUGACAGGAAACCAUUUGAAUCAGAGGCACCUCGUCCCAACGCUCUUUGGUCAUUAGCAUCCACAAAGGACCAGUCCUAUCAGGAAUUCUAUGUACCAGGACUCUUGCCAUCUGCUUCACCAAAACAACCCGUGCAGUUCUCUUCUUCACCAGUUCAAAAGAAUGUAUACUGCAAUACCUUUCAUGAUCAAGCUGCCACCAAUGCUGCCACCAACGCUGCCACAAGUGCUGCCACCAAUGCUGCCACCAAUGCUGCCACCAAUGCUGCCACCAAUGCUGCCACAAAUGCUGCCACCAAUGAGGAGACAUCAGGCCCAUUAGCAUGUGAGUCCAACAUGCAGGUGUCAGGAAAUCCAAGUGGAGUUGAUGAAUGUGAAAGGAUAACACCAUCACAAGCUGUUAAUGUACAAAUGUUGAUGGAUCUUUGUGAUGGUGGCGACAUUUCCAAUGUUUCAGCAAACUCCCAGCAGAUGGUAACAGCCAGCAGUUUCUGUGGUGAUGACAAAGAGAAUCAAAAUGAUCAUGAGGGAACUCAUAUGGUCCCCAGUGGAGUUUCAAAAUUGCUUGAAGAUUUAUCAUCCAUGGUAAACAACUCAUGGCUCAGUGAUGUUGUUAUUCAUCUCAAAGAUGGCAAAAAGUUGAUGGCACACAGCUUUAUUUUGUCCCUCAGAUCCAAUGUUCUCGCACAGAUGUUAGAGGAACAACGAUCUGGAUGUAAAGAUGGAGUGUUUCUUUAUCUACAGUUUGAGGAAGUUAAACAAUCUGUUUUCGAAGUUACUCUAAGGCACAUGUAUACUGGUGACGUCAUCGUCCCUGAGCAUUGUGAGUUGGGUGACAUAACAAUUUUAGCUGAAAGGCUUCAACUGCGAUGUCUUCUGAAAGCAUGUAAGGACGCCAUGUUCCGGCUAAAGCAAGUGCAAGAAAAUGAAGAUGCUGAUAGCACUAGUGAUUGCGUUGUCCUUGAUGUGAAAACAUUUGAGCAAGAUCUAUGGACAAGGGAUCAAGACAAUGAUUUUGGCUUGGAUUUUCAAACUCCACAAGAUGAUGAAGAGGAAGUUACAAAUGAACAGUUAAACGAUGAUGACAUCGAAGAAAUUAUAAUCUUCCAAACUCAAUCACUUCAAAGGGAAGGUAGUGAAAAAUUUAAGGAUACCCCGAAAAAUCCAUUAAAUCUGAAUGAACAGCAGACAAGCAAGUUAGAAUCAGGUUUGACUGGUAAUUUUCGAAACAAGUUUGGUGAAGAAAUAUCUGUGAGAGAUUCGAAUCCUUAUGCGUCUGAAGGAACAGAAAAGAAGUUGCGAGUACUCAUCAAAGACGGUAAUCCGUCUUGUAUUCGUAUUGAAGGAAGUAAAGCAUCAAGCAAUGCUCCUGAAGAGGAUGACUGUUCACGUAGUCCUGUUAAACAGACAGGAAACAAAGAGAAAAGAGAGAAAUUCCAGUUUAAUAGGACCCAUGUAAGAGAACGUAUAGUAGAGGAAAAUACAAGUAGCAAGAGGGAACAUCUAACCCCUCCAAACGAAAAAGAGGAACAGAAACUACGUUACCAUCACUGUGCGUCGGCUGAGUCUUCUGAGGAUGAUGCGUUUUUACGUGACUCUAGUAAGGAACGCACCAUAGACGGAGAAACGAUCAACAAUCCGGACGAUGUCGAAGUACAGUGUGGAGAUCACACGCACGGGAUAAGAGAGAUUUGUACACUUGAAGUGGGAUUGGAACAGUCCUUUGAUCAUAGCGAAGAAUCACACCUUCCAGAGGAAGCUUUGGAAAUUGAUAUUAAUGUGGAAACUUAUCCCAAGAAUACCGAUAUCUACAACGUGUCUGUACAUUUGUUAAAUGAUGCAAAUCAAGUCGAUCAUGAGGACGCAAAGGAAACAGAUGUUUCAGGCGAAAUUCAACCGAAUUCGAGCCAAGAUCUUAACAUUUUGGCGGAAAGCUGUAACAAGCCUGGCUGUGCAAUUGUGUUUGUCCCGGGAGAGGAGGAUAGGCGGGAAAAGGAAGACUUAGAGGGGUCCCUAAGGGAAAUACCUUUGUCAGACUAUGCGGAAAGUGAGGGCAGCACUGAAGAAAUGGAUGUAAACGAAUCGAUGACAUUGAUCAGUGAUUAUGAGGAGGAGGUCCUCGAUGUUUCUCCGCGAAAAACUGAUAUGGCUAUCGUCCCAGAGACUCCUCAUGGGAGGGGAGGAGAGGGAAGGGGAAGCACCUCAACAAAAUUCUUAUCGAAACUUUCUGUCAGUGAAGAAGGCGAGGUCACUGUUACUGGUUCCUCUCCGUCCAAAUCACCUCGACGAUGGAACAAGGAAGCAAACCAAUUUCUGUCCAAACUGAGACAGCGUGCAGAACGUAGCAAAGGAAAGAAGCAAGCGAAAGUUAAGUCAAGAAACAAUGGUGUAACUGAGAAAUCUUGGGUUGAAAUAUCAGCCAAGCGAUUAACGACCUCAGAGGAGUCUCGUGGGAAACAAGACAACCUACGUGAACCGACAAAAUUAUCAGGAAACGUUGAAACUCGUAAUGUUUCACCAACACGAAUGACCCCGAGGGGUCGCACGUCCGCCAGUGGUUCCCCAAUGCGAACACCCCGUCGGGGUUCAAAAUCCCCUAGAGGCUCUAAGAACAGAAGUUGCUCGCCUAGAAAUCUGAACGAAGAUUAUAUAUCAGAAGUAAUCGAGGUUGGAAAUCCUCCUCCUGUUUCCCCAUCUUUAGACGAUUACGUAGUGCAGAUUUCUGAAACCUCUAAGAAAUCACCAGAAAAAUUGGCCUGUCCUUCAGAUAGAAAGGGUAUUUCAAGGGCAAAUGAAUUAUAUUCCAGAGAACAUCUCAAUUGUGAAAACGUAGAAUCUAGCGGGGAUGUUAUACAAGUUCUUGGCAUCAACCGAGACUUUCCUCUGUCAACCACAUCUCCUGGUCACUUUAUGUCGCUACCAAUCCCCUCGCCGAGCAAUGAUUUCUUUGAUGCUGUUUUGCCUCCAAACUCCCCAGUACCUUAUACUUCCCCUCCAUCACAACAGAUUGCUUUAUCACCCGAUCUUGACUCGCCCAGUCUUCCAGUUGAUUGGAAGUCACCUCCAGCCACAAGAGGAAUGGGUUCUAGUCCGCCGUCUCAAUCUUCAGAGUCGCCUUCGGUUUGUUCAUUCAGCUCGCAUCGUGCGCCGAGGCGGCAUUCAGAAUAUGAGAGGAACCACUCGGUGAAGAAAUUGGAGUUCGAACAGAAUUCAGAUGACAACGAUAACCCACGAAAGGCAGGAGUGGUAAAGAUUGAUCUUAACGUACCACUGAAGGAGAGAUUAAAAGCCGCGCGUGUUGGUGGAAUUAAAAGGUUCUGUAUCAGCGAUGAUGAUGAAGGUGACAGUGAUACAGACAGAAGUGAUAGUUGUACCCGAAAUGAAGAUAACAGCGGUUAUGGGCAAGAUAUGAACUCCACAGCUAAAAGGAAACAGCAAGUAGAAGGCAUUUCACUUGGUGACGAGUUUGAUUUCUAUGACGAUGGGGGCUUUAAUGUUGAUAUUGACGGAUUAAACAAACUUGAGGUUUUCAAUGUUGAUAGUGAUGUAGCAGCAACGGUGAAACGCCAUUGCAAUAAAGAUAUAGAGAAACACAAUGUUUUGCCGUCGCAAGUGAAUGCUGCAGCGACAAAUAAAGGUAAAAGGAAAGCUCCCUCAAGUCAACGAAAAGUCCAGGACAGUGAUGGUAGCAGUGAAGAUGAUGGAGCUCCGUCAAAGCGUCGGAAAAAGUCACACAUUCAGUCAAUCAAGCAGGUAGAAGAGAAGGCGAAACAACCAGUAACACCAAUGCCGAACUACAUCGAGAUGGCAACUCCAGUGUUGAAGAGUGAGCUGCACAAGUUUGGUGUUCGUGCUCUCCCGAAGAAGAAAAUGAUCUUGAAGCUUAUAGAGAUCUAUGAUUACACACAUUCAAAUGAACUACAUACACAGGGAAGUAAAACAGAACUUGCUCCAAAUAGAGUGAAGCCGCUGUCUUCCAGUAUCGCUGUCUCGCACCCUGUUGAUAAAGUUGAAGGAAGUGGUACAGUGAGCAGUGAUAACAGUGAUCAGGAAGAUACAGAAUUUGGAGACUGUACUAUUCUGAUUGAAGAUGACGCGAUAACAGCAUCCCAGCAGCCAUUAGAGUUGGUUUCACUGCAUCAACAAAUAAAAUCUGACGGAAUCAGUUGUUCUUUGGGAAAACUUGUCGAUUUCCUCGACCAGCAGGUGAGAAUAAUCAUGGAGAGAGAUCUAAGAACUCUAAGAAGAUCGAAGCUCAUGAACUAUUCAGAGUUUCGUGCGAUGACAACAGCUCUUGAAAAGUACUACAAAGAUGUCAAAAUUGCAAUUCUGACAGGAAAGAGAGAUGCUAAAGAUUUGGAUUUGAGGCCUUAUUUAUAUGAUGAAGGAGAUCCAUAUGAUAAACCUUUUCAUGGAACUCUGUUGAAGAUGCUCUCUGAGGUGGCAACGUCAAAGUAUUUUGAUAAGCAACAUGAGGAUUUGUUGAAGAUUUACAAGUGGUACAAGGCAAACAAAAAGUUGAUAACAUCACCACCUAAAAUUCCAAUUUCAAACCCAAAGAAGAGUGACAGGAACUCUGAUGGCCAGGACAGCUUGGAUGAAGAUGAAGAAGAGGAAGAACUGAAGGCACUCACCAAGAUUCCUAAGCUACAUCUGAGACCCAAAACAGCACCUUCAGUUGAGAGCCAAUUGGGGGCUAGAUAUGUGACUUGGAAUGAGGCCCAACAGCUGAAAGGUCUUAAAAGACCCUCAUCAGGCUCGAAACUAUUGAAAACUAUUGGGAGUGAGGAUUCCCUUAAAAGGAGCCUUCAUAUCAUCCCUUAUGGACCCCACCUAAGUGAUGGCUCUUAUUUAGAACAUGGUUAUGUGCCUGGUGGAUACUUGUUAAGGCCUGGUACUGCACCACCAGUGCUCAGGAAUGUUAAGAAAAAGGUGAAUCCAGAUAAGCUGAAGUCAUUCAUCCUUAGACCAGCAAGCAGCAGUUCAGCCCCAUACUCUUCCCCAGUGAUCUCACCCCUCUCCUCACCAAGGGACUCACCUGUACUUUCAAGUAGAACCAAGUCUCCUUUGACAGCACAUUACAGUCCCGACAUUGUUAAAGAACCAUCUGUUAAGUUAACUUCUGGUAUCAUGAAAGACAGAAGUAAUUAUUCAGCUAUAGAAGAGGCAGAAAUAAACAGUGAAGAUGAGGUGAACUUUAACGACAACGAGACUUCUUCUCCUGUUGAUUGUUCAGAAAAGGAUGUCAUACCAAAAAAUGCGACUUCUGUGCAAUUGGAAGAAAUUCUAGAACAUCAGAAAAUGGAGGAGAAAUUAUUAGAAGAGCAGCACGAGUUACUACAGAAAAAACUCCUUCACGACUAUGACAAUUACAUCAAAGAUUUGGGUGCAGUGCAAGAAAAAAAAGUUGACUUAGAAACUGUCAAUGGAGAUUUGAGUGUGAAGAAACGUUCCACACCACAAGAGGGAAGGAAGACUAUGAAACCUACCCCUGUUGGAACUUAUGACCUCUCUGAACCUGAAGUAAUACCUAGUUAUUCCAUUAUGUACUCUGGAUCAAGUACAGCCAAUGGCCACAGUCGACAUACAUCAGAAAAUGGGCAUCAGUGGAGCAGUACAAGUGCAGCGAGACAUCUCAGACAUGCUACAGUACCUCCACACAACAAUGCACAAGAAGUAAUCAAAGUAGACGCGGUCCUUGGAAUGGUCACACCUAUAGGCAUGCAAAUGGAGUACGACCGGGAGAGGGUAAAUGGCCAAAAACUACCAUCAAGUCCUUUGCAGCCAGCCAAAGUGGUUGCUAUGGGAGGUUCUUCAAAAUCUUCUGCCCCCACCCCAGUUAGUGAAGAAUUUUCAGUCCCCAACCGUCAUAACCAUUCUGAAGUGGAGGAGGGGCCUGGUAACCCUGCGCAAACAGCGCGUGAACAGGAGACAUUAUCUCCAGAGAAUUCGUCCAUCUCAUUAGGACCGGCGUCGGACACAUCGGAUAACAGAUCUGUUGAACUCAAAUAUAAGGAACCGGAGCUGAUUCCCGAGAGGACCCCAAGAGAUUAUACCGUACACUUCCCUCAGGAAAAGUCUCAAGAAUUAAUAACGACAAAGGGCUACAAGACUUCAGGUCCAGUUGUACCGGACACCAUCAGAUAUCAAUGGACCGAUGAUGGAUUUGGUAACAGAACAUACCUCAAGAAGCUCAAGGGCCCGACAUCUCCGCACAGUCCGAGAAAGAAGGUUCAACAGCCUAACAAUCAAGUAACAAUGCCCACUGGCAGGCGCUCAUUGGACAAACGAACCUUGGCUUCCCUUGUGGUAGUCAGACAUCUUGGUGACGCAGAUAGAAGGAACAUUGAUUGCAUAUCAGGGCCUCAGGGGAGAAAGCUGAUUUUGGGUCUGGCAGGCGCCGAAGCCGAUAACACGGAUUACACCUACAAUCUGGAGUACCUCUCUUUCUGUCAGCCUGUGGGCCCGAGGCUCGGUGAAUGCGACAAACCGUCAACAGUAAACUGGUAUUUACAAGGAGAACAUGGACUUUAUCGCGAAACAUUAAAGAGCCAAGCAGAAAUUAGUGAUGAUCUGAAAUCUCGUCGUACCGAUGUACGAAUUCCUAAAGACAACUCCCUGAUGGUUAAGGGGCGACAUUUUGGUGCUGUAGAUGAACCCAAACAACAAGAAAAGGCGACCUGGGAACCAAAGGAGUUGUCAUCACCGUCCACUAUCAGCUUGGACAGCGGUCACAGCAGUGUUACUACGAAAACCAAAGACACAUUACGUUCCACGUCACCAGCUCCUUCAUCGUCACAAGCUCGUCCUUUAUCACCGGCCUCGACUGCACGUAGGGUUAUCCCAAUCCCCACAGCUGGUCGCUCGUCCAGACCAUCUUCUGCCCGUAGCACAUGCAGUACACAUGUUGCACAAAACAUUACCAACUUUUCGGUGCGGGACUUUAAACACUUUUGUGGAGAUGAAGAGUACUUGCUAAUGGACGACUACAUGCGGCAGAGAGAAGUCUGGGCAGCAGUUAACAUUCAGAGGAUAUUCCGAGGUUUUAUGGGAAGACAGUAUGCGAGACAACUAAGAGUAGCAGACAUUGAGAGGCAAAGAAAGGCGGCUGUCAUGCUUCAAAGUAACGUUCGCGGAUUUCUUGCUCGGAAAAAGGUAAUGGAGCAGAAAAUACAGGAAUAUAAACCAAGUUCACGUGACCUGGAAUGGGCUCGAAAGUACAAACAGGAUCUGAAGAGGAGGGAAGAGGCUAGAAAACAGAAAAAUCAACAUGCCAUGUUCAUGCAAAACAGAGAAGCUGACAAGCAGGGCCAACAAAUGAAACAAGUGCAGGCUCAUCAACAUAUUUUUGACGUGUUCCAUCCAACACCAGAAGGUCCAACUAAAGCUCAAAAGAAAGCUGCUGCAAUCACCAUUCAAAGGUAUUUUAGAGGCUGGUUUGUUCGUCGAAUGCUUGAAAAAUCAAAAGCAAAGGCCUUGAAACGGACCUUGUCUUUCAACAAGUUUAUCAAAGGUUACCAGGAACUUCUCUUCAGGAUACAAAAGCGAUAUGGAAUAAAAGAACCAAGAACCGCACUAGAGUUUAACGAACUGAUGGAAUAUGUCGAGCGACUUAAAAAGUACGAAGUAGCAUUUGAUAAAUUUGCCACUGAUGGUCUUUUGCAAUAUAACGACAUCAAGGAGUUCUUCAAGUCUGUUGGCCACGCCCCGUCCCAAAAGGAAAUCGACGAAGCCAUAGAGAUUGUUACAAAAAUGUCCGCUAAAGGUCGUGCUCUAACCAAAGCUGAAGCAGUUGAAGUAUUAUUUCAGAUUUACGUUCCAAAAGGCACAAAAAUGAAAUUAUCUGACGUUCGUAAAUCUACUUGGCUAAAUCCACUGGACGAUGGAAGGGAUAUUAUGCAAAUGUUGUCUAAAAAAGACUUGGAACAAACCAACCUGCUAAAAUGUUUGGAAGUUGUGGCCGGUGCAGGAAAGGAGAGCAAUGAGAUUCAGGACUUACUUCGACCGGAAUCAGCCGCGGCGAAACAAAACGACAAAAGACAGCAAGGAAAGAAGAAAUCGACAGUAAAAGUACCCCGCAAAACUAUCCUGGCCCAGUAUCCCAUGCGGCCGUCAACACCGACUACAAAGUCGCCCAGGCCUCCAUCGGCGAAAAAGCCUAGUAAGAGAUGACUUUGGUAAUGACCUUGGAAACCCGCUUGAGGGAAAGUGGACUGUUACUUCAGACGUAAAGAAAUAAUAAAAUGGAGGUUAUUUAGCUUCUUAGCCCUCGGCACGGCGUGGCGACGUUUCCUCGAGCACAGGCAGCCUAAGCUCACUACUAGAAAAGCGGACGUGACUCUUACCCUGUUG